UCCACCUCGCGCUCAUCUCCAAAUUCACGCGGACACCGAGCCGUCCGCGUGAACCUUCAUCACCUUGAUUUAAAGCUUAAUUAGUGAUUACCUGAAGAUCUCGCGCGAUUUCAUUUGAUGGAUUCUGGGUUUUUGUCUUGCUUUUGGUCCGAAGAACUUGUGAACGAACCGGAGGAGGACUGAGAGUUUCUGGAAGUAUUUCAGUGUGUGUGUAAGUGUGUGUGAGGGGAACGUUGUUGAAAACUGAAAAAAGUUUUUGAUCCAAUGCGUCCGGAGCGGAGGGAUACAUAGCGGAGAAACACCGAGAGAGAGGCGGGGAGAGGAGGCGUUUCACCGGCUGCUGGACCUCCAUGUCUCCCCCCUGACACCAAGGUUUCUACUUCCUGUGAUAUCUCCGCACCAUGCCUGAGGGGUCACGGCGUGGCAGCCAGAGAUCGCCUAGCAACACAGCAGCCAAGCGUCCGUCCUCAGCCUCCUCGCUGCCGGGCAUUGUGGGUAGGAUGAUGUCGUCGGUAGAGCGUGGCGCCUCCUCUUCCUCCUGCACCUCCGUCAACACGCUCUCCUCCUCCGCCUCCUCCGUCUCCCUGCAGGACACCUCCCACUCCUCCUCUUCCUCCUCCUCCUCUUCCUCACUGCCAUAUGGCGCCGUGCCCACUUACAACUCUUCCUCCUCUUCCACGCCAAAGAGAAAUGGAUCCGAUAUCAGCCUGGACCUCACGCCCCUUGUUAGGCCUCAUGGAGGAGGGGGAGGAGCUACUGCAGGAGGAGGCGGGGCUUGUGGAGCUCAGGUGAUAGGGGAAGCCCCGCCCCCUGAUGGAGCCGCCCUAUUGGUCGAGGUGCCGUUGGUAGUUCCGCCCCGACAGCUGUCCCGAUUGGAUAGAGUCGUCUUGGAGAUCGUGGAGACCGAACAGGCCUACGUCCGGGAUCUGAAGAGCAUCGUGGAGGAUUAUCUGGGCUGCAUCAUCGACUGUGGCUCUCUGCCUCUGAAACCAGAGCAGGUCAGCACUCUGUUCUGCAACAUAGAGGACAUCUACGAGUUCAACAGUGAUCUCCUGGAGGAUUUAGAGAGGAGUCCCCACGCUGCGGCCAUCGCUGAGUGCUUCGUGGAGAGGAGUGAAACCUUCGACAUCUACACCCUGUACUGCAUGAACUACCCAAACUGUGUGUCGGUGCUGAGGGACUGCAUGAAGACCAAGAGUCUGGUGAGCUUCUUCCAGGAGAGACAGAGCACUCUGAGCCACUCUUUACCUCUGGAGACGUACCUGCUGAAGCCCGUGCAGAGGAUCCUCAAGUACCACCUGUUACUGCAGGAACUUUCUAAGCACUUUGAUAAGAGCGACCCGGGGUAUGAGGUCAUCGAAGACGCCAUCAUCACCAUGACGGCGGUCGCCUGGUACAUCAACGACAUGAAAAGGAAGCAGGAGCACGCAGUCCGACUGCAGGAGAUCGAGUUCCUGCUGGUGAACUGGAGCGGUCCGGAUCGGGUGGGUUUGGAGAACUUGUUCUGGAAGGUUCCUUUAAAGUCCAGCGGGUGAAGAAGGAGCGAGCGUUCUUCCUGUUCGACAAAAUGCUGCUGAUCGCCAAGAAGAGGGUGGGGCAGUUCGUCUACAGCACGCAC